GUCUCUAAGGUGCCACAGGUACUCCUUUUUUUUUUUUCUGUGUCAACAAGUGAUCCGCAUGCCGCCUGUCUCAAGUGCCUCGGGAAGGGCCAUCAGACAGAUAAGUGCCCUAUUUGCAGGAGCUUCAGACCCAGGACUAAGAGGGAGCGGGACUAUAGCCUGAAGCUCCUCUUGAUGGAGUCGGCCCUUCAGCCACAGCCUGAGCCGACACUGGCACCCUCGGUGCACAGCACACCGGCCUCGGUGCAGGAUGUCCCAGCACCAAGGAAGGACUCCGCCAAGGAGCACCUGCACCGCUCCCCAGCCCGCAAGGCCAGUGCCUCACGGUGGCAUUGUUCACAGUCUCAAGGGAGUGCUGCAUAAGAAAAAGAAACCAGACGGGGAUGUUCCCCUGUCAGGAAGCCAAGGGGGGAUUCCAGUGGGGUGCGUCCUCCGGCGGGACACCCUCGGUCUGAUCCCCAAGAACCGGUGCCGUUGACUGCGGCGAGAAUGGACUCGCCUACCUGCGACGAUUUGGAGGAAGAGCUUGACCUCCCCUCCACUCCGGACACAUAUGGGGCGCCUCAAGACCUCAUUGAUAUGACGGCGCAGUACCUGGCCCUGCAAACUUAGGCACCACCAGUAGCACAGGCAACGGCACCGACUGUGGCCUUGUGCCCAGCACUGCGGGCAAUUAUGACACCGGUCAUGACACCGAUGCUGAUGGCGGUGCCGAAGCCGUGGAUUCAUCAUCGGGGGAAGCUCAUGAUGUUGUGGCGCCAAGGUCCGUCUCCCCGAUACUGCUCCCCGGCACCGUCGGGCUCCGCUCCCCCAUGGUUGGGUACAGAAUACUCGUCAGAGUCAGACGUGGAAUCGUCUGUGUCCAGACGCAGCCACUACCGCUCCCAGUCCCAGCACCGAUCCCGGCACCAUAGGUUGGCGGAACAACCGGCACCAGUUGCCACUUGGCCACCCCAGUGACAGGGCCCAGUGCAAUGGCCUUUUUGGACCCCCUGCGCCUACCACCAGGCUCAAGGUCAGGGAUCUAGGCUGGUAUCUGUGGUAUCGGCCCCCCUGUACCCCUCCAUCGGUGACGUCGAUGGAACGCCACACCCCUAGGGCCCCUGAGGAUCCCUUACAGGACAGGGCUGUUGAGUGGCCACAGUCAAGCACGCCCCCUCCUCCACUGACGUCGGUGGCACCUGGACCUCCGGUCGCAGGGUGCUUUGAGGCACCUGACCCGGCCUCCAGAGAACCUGAGGGGCAGAAAGACCCUGUCCUAGGAACCUCUUCCUUCUCUUCGCUGGACGAGGAUACCAAAGUCCCAAAGGAUACAAAUGGAUACCAAAGGCCACCAGGACCUGCUUAGGAGGGUAGCAGUUAACCUCUUCUGCCUGGAGGUUGAGGUUAUGGAAGACUCAGAUCCGAUGGUGGACAUCCUCACCACUGAGGGUCCUUCCAGAGUAGCUUUGCCCCUCAUAAGGACAAUUCAGAACACCAUGAAGGUGCUCUGGCAAACCCUGGCCUCUACACUACCAGUGGCUAAAGAGGUCGAGGGACUCUCCUUUCUGCCACAAAAGGGCUAUGAGCACCUGUUUACCCACCCCCAACCGGGGACUCUGGUGGUUGAUGUGGCAAACUACAAGGAGCAGCAGGGUCUACCAGGCCCCACAUCUAAGUCACGUGACGCCAAGAAGCUGGAUCUCCUUUGCCGUAAAGUCUAUUUGACUGGGGGGCUCCAGCUUCGGGUAGCGAAUCAGCAAGCGGUGCUUAGCCGAUACGCUUUCAAUUCCUGGAGAUGGUUGGCUAAAUUCCAAGAGUUAAUCCUGGCUGAUUCUCGCAGGGAGUUCCGUGCGCUCCUUGAGAAGGUAGAGUGGUCUCUAGGAUGGCCCUCCAGGCAGCCCUGGAUGCAACGGACUCUGCAGCUAGAACCAUGGCCACCGCCAUGGCUAUGAGGCACAGUGUGUGGCUUCGGGUUUCAGGGAUCCCACCUGAGGUCCAAAAUACAAUUCAGGACCUCCCCUUUGACUGUGCGGGCCUGUUUGCUCAAAAUACGGACAUGCGCCUUCACAGCCUGAAGGAUUCACGGGCAACUCUGAAGUCUCUGGGGCUACACACCCCAGCGCCUCAGAGAAAGCCCUUUAGAUCUCAGCCCCUGUCCCGUUUCUACCCGGGGCUCCCUCAGCGGGAUCCACCUAGGAGGAGGGGCAGAAAUAACAGGAGGCGCCCACCGCAAUCCUCCUCGGACCUAGGCCAGGGUUCAACCAAACAGCCCCCCGGCUCCAAACCCAACUUUUGAAGAUGCGCACGAGGACGGCGCACCAGUCGUCUUCUUGGAUCCUUCCCCCUGGAUCCUUCCCCCUGCUUUGUGAAUCGACUUUCCCGCUUCUACCGUGCUUGGUCUCAGAUCACAUCAGACUGCUGGGUCCUCAGCACGGUGGGGCGGGAUAUUCUAUCCAAUUCUGUUCCCUUCUGCCCUCCCACCCCCCUUCCCCAUCCCUCUUCAGGGACCCCUCUCAUGAGCAACUCCUUUUACAAGAGGUACAAUUGCUCCUAGCUCUAGGGGCAAUAGAGGAGGUUCCUCAGGAAUUCAGGGGCAAGGGGUUCUACUCCCGCUAUUUCCUCAUCCCCCAAGGCCAAGGGCGGUCUUCGGCCUAUCCUGGACCCACGAGACCUCAACACAUACAUAAAAAAGGUGAAGUUUUGCAUGGUCUCUCUGGCCGCCAUCAUUCCGUCCCUGGAUCUGGGAGACUGGUACGCCGCCCUUGACUUGAAGGACGCGUAUUUUUACAUUGCUGUUAUUCCAGCCCACAGAUGCUUUCUCAGAUUCAUGGUCAGCACUACCAGUUCAGGGUGCUCCCAUUUGGCCUUUCAGUGGCCUCCCGGGUGUUCACCACGUGUAUGAUGGUAGUGGCAGCCUUCCUCUGCAGGUGCAGGUGUUCCCGUAUUUGGACGACUGGCUCAUCAAGGCCGAGUCCCAAGCACAUGUGGUGGAGCACGUAUCCCUGGCCCGGGCUAUGUUUCACAGGUUGGGACUUGUAUUGAAUGAGCCCUAGUCCACAUUGAUCCCACACACAAACAAUAGAGUUAAUCGGUGCUCUCUUGGACUCCACGUGCGCGAGGGCGUUCCUUCCGGAACUGCGUUUCAGAGCGCUCAUGGACAUUAUCCAGACCCUCCUCCACUUCCCCACAACCACAGCCAGGAAUUGUAUGAGACUACUGGGUCAUAUGGCGGCCUGUACGUACGUGAUACAGCAUGCCAGGCUGUGCCUCUGGCCCCUCCAGACAUGGUUAGCACAGGUGCACAGACUGGGUAGGGACCCAUUGGACUCAAUCGUGACCCUCCCGCCUCAAAUUCUCCACUCUCUCCAAUGGUGGCUGCAACCACAGCUGAUUUGUGCUGGAGUACCCUUUGCAAAACCCCAACCCAUGCUUUUCCUUGUCACAGAUGCGUCGGCACUCAGUUGGGGAGCGCAUCUGGGCAAUAUCAGAACCCAGAGCCUCUGGUCCCAUGCAGACCUAUUGCUGCACAUCGUGAGGGAGCUGAGGGCAGUUUGCCUGGCAUGCCUAGCGUUUCAGGCCUGUCUGUAGGGCAUGUGCGUAUCGGUGCUCAUGGACAAUACUGCAGUGAUGUUCUAUAUAAACAAACAGGGUGGUGCUCGUUCCUCUCCCCUCUGUUGAGAAGCCCUCACACUAUGGGACUUUUGUAUCACCCACUCCAUACACCUACAGGUGUCGCACCUUCUGGGGGUGCAGAACGAGCUGGCAGACUGCCUCAGUCGCUUGUUCCAUGGACACGAGUGUUCCCUCAGACCGGACAUCGCUCUCUUAAUUUUCCAGAGGUGGGGCUCUCCCCACACGGACCUGUUCACGACGCAGAGCAACAGGAAGUGCCCCAGAUUCUGCUGCUUCCUCAACCACAGCCCAGGCUCCACCGCAGAUGCCUUUCACUUGUCAUGGAUGGGUCACCUGCUGUACACAUUCCCGCCAUUCCCACCAUACACAGGGUGCGCUUCAAGACUCCUCAGGACAGGGCUUUCUUAAUUCUCAUAGUGCCAGCAUGGCCCCGUCACCACUGGUUCACCAUGUUACUGAACCUCUCAGUGAAUAGACCAGUAGCGCUCCCUCUCUGUCCAACCCUAAUCUCACAGGACCACGGCCGUCUACAGUACCCCAACCUGGAGUCACUCCACCUCAUGGCAUGGGAGCUCCAUGGCUGAACCCUCUUGUGCUUCAGUGCUCGCACUCGGUUAGGGAGGUCCUGCUGGGGAGUAGGAAACCCUGCACUCGAGCCACGUACCUGGCUAAGUGGAAGCGUUUCUCCAUUUGGUCUCGACAAAGGGGAACAGAGCCGCAAUCAGCCCCAAUUUCCUUUAUUUUGGAUUAUCUUUUAGAUCUCAAGCACCAAGGGUUAGCAAUAUCAUUCCUAAGGGUGUACCUCGCGGCCAUUUCGGCCUUCCACCUGGGAAUGGCGGGGGGUUCAGUGUUUGGUAAUCCCAUGGUGAGCAGGUUUCUUAAGGGCCUUGACAGACUUUAUCCUCCAGUAUGUUGGCCCGUCCCCCCCGAGACCUCAACCUGGUCCUGUCCUCACUCAUGGGUGCCCCCCUUUGAGCCCAUGGCUACCUGCCCUCUCUCCUACCUUUCCUGGAAGGUGGUUUUCCUGGUGGCUAUAAUCACCACUAGGAGGGUAUCCAAACUCUGGGCACUGUCCUCUGAACCUUCGUACACAGUAUUUUAUAAAGACAGGGUGCAGCUAUGUCCCCAACCUGCAUUCCUGCCUAAGAUUGUCUCCCAGUUUCAUGUGAACCAGGACAUAAUUUUACCUGUGUUCUUCCCUAAACCCCAUGGCACUCACAGGGAGUGCAUGUUCGAUUCCUUGGACGUUAGACAGGCCUUAGCAUUUUACAUUGAAUGCACAAAGCCAUUUCGUAAGUCACCACAGCUCUUUAUUGCUAUUGCAGAAAGAAUGAGGGGGCUCCCGAUCUCAUCACAGCGCAUAUCGUCAUGGAUCAUGUCCUGCAUCAGGACUUGCUAUGACCUAGCUAAAGUUCCAGCCCCACUGAUUACGGCUCACUCUACCAGAGUGCCGGCAGCAUCCGCAGCUUUCCUGGUGCAGGUGCCUAUCCAGGACAUUUGCAAGGUGGCAACCUGGUCUUCAGUCCACACCUUCACUUCCUACUACGCCAUUACCCAGCAGAUUUGAUUGUCGUCAAGGUGCAUAAUGGAGCCCUUAAGCCUUACAGAGCCACAGCCUUCCCCACAAAACAGCUUGCCCACACCACAAAAGAAGUACAAUGUCCUGGUGGGUGUUACUGGAAGUGUGGCUGCCCUGAAGUUGCCUAUUCUUGUCUCAGAAUUGCUGGAGAUUCCUGGGCUGAAAGUGCGUGUGGUAACAACCGAGAGGGCAAAACAUUUCUACAACCCCCAGGAGAUUCCCGUAACCCUCUACAGUGACACUGACGAAUGGCAGGGGAGGCUAGCCAGUCACAGCUGUCGGAGCUUGGCGAAGUGCAAACUGGAGAGGAGGAGGCUCCUGCUGUGGAAAGGGCGUACGGACCCAAUUCUCCACAUCGACCUGAGGCGCUGGGCCGACCUGAUGCUAGUGGCUCCUCUUGAUGCAAAUACACUUGCAAAAAUAGCGAAUGGCAUCUGUGACAACUUACUGACCUGUGUCAUCCGCGCGUGGGAUAUGACAAAACCCCUGCUGUUCUGCCCUGCUAUGAACACAGCCAUGUGGGAACAUCCUAUUACAGCUCAGCAGGUAGAGCAACUAAAGGACUUUGGCUACAUGGAGAUCCCUUGUGUGGUGAAGAGGCUGGUGUGUGGGGAUGAAGGUCGAGGUGCCAUGGCGGAAGUAUGGACCAUUGUGGAGAAGGUGAAGGUGAUCCUUUCAGAGCGGGACUUGCCGACACAGAGAUGAUUCCUUGAUGUAAAUCACGUUUGCCCCCCUUCUUGACAGUUUUUCAGUGUGAGGAUGAAAGCAAUGCGGAGCUGAGAUGGCAUGUGCCUCCAAGAACAUUGCCAUCAACUGAAAGAAUAAGAUGUUUGGGUUCCAGUGUCAUCAGCUGCUCUUACAUUAAAACCUCUUACAUCAUUAGAGACCUUCCAAAACUGAAGUCAAGUUUCUGUAUAUGAUUAUGUGGGGGCCCUCUGCCAUACCUUAUACACAGCUCACAUACAAACAUCUGUAUAGAGAGGGACUUAUAUCAUACUAGGCCUCUUUAUCCUGAGUAUUUUAUAUGGAAUAGUUUUUGAAACAUUAAAAAGAGAAUUUCUUAGUUGCUCUAUGUCCAGCAUCAAGAGGAGUCAGAGAAGAGAAUGGUGUAAAACAGUGGUGGGCAAGCUGCGGCCUGUGGGCCACAAACGACCCAUCAGGGUAAUCCGCUGGCGGGCUGUGAGACAGUUUGUUUACAUCAACCGUCUGCAGGCACGGCUGCCUGCGGCUCCCAGUGGCCGCUGUUCACCGUUCCCGGCCAAUGGGAGCUGCGGGAAGUGGAGGCCACGAACCGUACUGGCCACCGCUUCCCACAGCUCCCAUUGGCUGGGAACGGUGAACCACGGCCACUGGGAGCUGCAGGCAGCUGUUCCUGCGGACGGUCGAUGUAAACAAACUGUCUCGCGGUCGGCCAGCAGAUUACCCUGACGGGCUGCAGGUUGCCCACCACUGGUGUAAAAAUAUUUAUUAUGGGAAUGCUCCCAGCCUCCCACUAAAAGUCACUGUAGUGAAUGUUGUAAGAGCACUGGUUUUGGAAAGCUCCUAUAGCAGCUGCUCUAGUCUUCACCUUUCCAGCAGGAAGCCCUAUAUUAUUGAUAUUUCCCCAAGAAACUAUAAUGGGAAAAGGCUACAAUUUUACAUUUGAAGGCCGUUUGAUUCAAUCUUUGCAUGUUUUUGGUGCCUGAUGUGCACUUUCUAAAUUACUUGAAUGUUGUUGGUUUUUAACAUCACAGGAGAAAAAAAUACAUUGAAAGAGAGCACACAAGGCCUUGUAUUGACCUUUGCCCUUUUGUAUCCAUUGAUGUGUGGAGAUGCAGACGUCAAACGUAAACCAAAAUGAACUUUUGCUCAGCCCGGCAGGGUGCUGCAGGUCUUAGAAUCAACAUGUCUGGCCACUCUGGAAAGCCUGGGGAAGCUGUUCCCAAGAGACUUUAACACUCCUUUUGAAAUUGAAAAAUUAACUGCAUGAUGAGGAAGUUAGGAAAUCCUGACCAUGGACACCAGCGGUUAGACCUGAGAGGGCCCCACGGUUCAUCCUCCUCCUUUGAAAUGCAAUCCUUCUACCUGAAGGGGACGGGAGUGGACUGGGGAGGGUGCUGCAGUCAGCAGACCACAGCGUUUGUUUACAGAUCCUAGAGUUUAUUUUUAACUAGACACAAUCAAAUAUAAGACCUUCUGCACAGAACCUACAUAUUAGGCAACCUUUGAGCUCCUUAGCACGAAAGGUUAUCGUGGAGUGUUUAGUUUCCUUAUCGAGGCUACACAAAUAAAAAGGCUUCUGAACUUUCCCACUUUGGCUUCUUUACUGAUGUAGAGUGGGCCCCAUGGGGGCCCAGAAUUGCUGGGGAUAAGGGCAGAAGGGAGUCUAAUGACACAGCCUUAAGAGUAGCAGGGAUGUUCGGCUGGGUGAUACUGUUCCACAGUAGCUGUAAGAAUCCUCGUUUUAUAGCGGUGGCCCGGUGGCUUCUAGUCCUCUGUCUGGCCUCCAGCAGUGACCUGCCUCUAGCAGUGCUAUAUUGUGAGGGUGACUGUCUUAUGGGGUUUUUCCAUGUUUGUGGGAAAAGUCUCUUUCUAUCAGAAUAGCUUUGUGAUGCUGACACAGGGUCUUAUCCAAAGCCCAUUGACUUCACUGGACUUUGGAUCAGGCCCUCACUGAGUGACUACAGAACCUUUGAAGAGAAUGUGUUUUGCUGGUGGUUACAACGGAAUGGGAACUGGGACUCUUGGGUUCUGUUCCUGGUUGUGCCACUGAUUUGCUCUGUGGGAUUGGAAAAGUCACUUACCUGCUCUGUGCUGCAGUUUCCUCAUCUGUAAAAAAAAAAAUAGCUAAACUGGAAAUAACACAAAACUAUCUUGUGAGGCUCACGUAAUUGUAAAGCACUUGCAGAUCAUUGAAUAAAAGGAAUUUUAUAAUUUCAGAGCCAAGAGAGAGAAUUCAGUGGAGAUUAUGUCAAUGAAGUUGUAUAGAUAUACAUUAAAGUAGAACAUGAUCCAUAGCAUGAGGAAAUAUGAGCAGACAGUGAGAUGACCACUUAAGGAAGUAAGAGAGAACUGCCUGAAAAAUAAAGGAUGGAGCUUUUUCUUAAAGGACCCCACUCUGUUUUACCUGUGGUACAAUAUCAGAUAUUAGUGUGCCAUUGUGUGAUCCUUUGCAUGAUCACUGCUUGGAAACCUGAGUAGACACUCCUCAGAGUACCUUCUUAUUGGAUAUGGGUGAUGGUGUCAGCAUGGGUUAGUUUAAACUUUGUUGAAACCAGUGGGUGUAACAGCUACUCUUCAUUUGAGAUAAAUGUAAGAGACAGUUCGACUCCUGUAUGGAGCCACAUAGCUGAAACAAUAGCAGCCUCCAUCCAAAACACAGGAACAUGUGACUACCGUGCACAUGGGGGCAGAGGGGUUUUGCUGGGUAUUGUUUUGUGAACUUUUGUCUGUGGAAGAGAGGCUGAAAGACCAGAGAAGGCAACAAGGAAGCAUCAGACACAACAACAGAAGCAGUGUAGAUCUGAGGAAAAAACUAAGAGUGCACUUUUGGGCUGAGUUCUGGCUAGAAAGGGGCUUGAAGCUGUGAUCAAAGAAACUGUGUCCUGCUGUUUGAUUCUUGCUGUGCUCAGACAAACAGGACUUCAUACAUACUUUGUAAAUAAACAAGAGUUGCAUCAAA